UCCAUCAUCCUUUCUUCUCCUUAUCAUUCUGAAAACAUUUUCCUUUUGUUCACCAGAAAAACAAUUUAACCCUCAUCCUAGUUUCUUUUUCUGAUUCUUGAAACACUUCCCUAUUUUCAAGAUAAAAUUCGUUACACAGAUACCAUCAAAACCCAGUUUUCGAAAUACCACAUCAGUUCUAUCACCGUUAAUCCUAAGUUAUCAGGGGGCGCUAGACAUCUAAAUUCAAAGAGUUCUAUCUUUUUUGUCAGCGGAUUUCGCUCAAAACUCCUUCCCUCGAUAGUCUUGAGUUGUUUGGGAGAAACACAAAUAUUUCUCAAAAGUGACAGUAUCAAGAAUAUCAAAGAUAACUUUUCUUUCAUCUAGCAGUAUAAAAUCUUUCCAAUCAAGAAACAUGCAGAUUCUCCGUUCCAAUGAAACCAUCACUCCAAAGCUUUCAUUUCCACCAGCAAAGUCACCACUAGUUGGCAGAACCAACAGGCCAACUAGUAAGUUUCUUGCAUCACCAAGGUCUAAACACAGAGAUUCAUCACCCCUCAUUUCAAGAAGACCAGUGAGGACAACAGCAACAAGCCAUUAUAGUCUACGAAAAGUUCAUGGAUCGGCGAACAAAGAGAUCAUAAAGAGGGCAUUAACACCACCAGCUCGUCGACCAACCUUGAGAUGGUUGGAUUUUAAGCCAACUCCUAGUCGCCUUUGUAAUAUGUCUGCAGCAUAGUUUUGGUCUUUGUAGUUUCUUGGAUAUAGGAUGUGAUGUACAAAAGAAGCUCAAAUACAUCAGAGUUUCACUUGUUUUUUUGAGAAUGGUAACAUUAGUUUCACCUGUUUAUUCUUUAUAUAGAUUAUUCUGGACUUCCCAA